AUUUUGCGAGAGAAAAAAUGAGAGAAGAAGGAGAGAGAGAAGAGAGAGAAGAGAGCUAUAGUGAGGAUUUGAGCCUUUUACGAGAAGGUUUAGGUCUACCAACUAGUGGUUGACAGAUAAGGCUCCUUAACCACACAAGCGCCAACCAUCUCUCCAAAGAAGUUUGAGAAGCAACUGAAUCUUGGAUUUAAAGAGAGUUAAAACUAGGAAAGCUGAGAGAAGAGAGAGAGAGGGAGAGCUCAACAGUACUAUUCUCUAAUUGAGAUGAUGUCUCACGUGCAGGAUAGAAUGUUGGGUUUGAUGAUGAUGAACAUUUGAUGAAGAGAGAGAAAGGGAUAGAAAGAGAAGCGUGGUGAUUAGAAUACUGCUGAAAAGGGAUUCUGGAGAGAAGAUGGAGGAAAAAAAAAACAAUUGAAAUUGUGAAAAAGCGCAUAAUUUCUGCAUAAUACACAUAAUUCCUCUUUGAACGAACAAGAAUCUGAACUUGAUGUUCAUGGUGAUUUACUCAGCAUCCAAAAUUUUUCAUUUUUGAUUCUUCAAUUGGGAAAUCUUAAAGAAAAGAAAGAUGGCAACUUUCUACCCCAGCUCCAACAAUCAAAGGGAUUCCAUGGCAAAUUUUUAUUUGAGGGAUCCAACAGGGCCUCCCAUGUAUCCCGAAUCAGCCGUUAACCCCAACAUGGUUUAUCUGAACUUCUCAUCCGGUCCUUACUCUGAAACUUUAGCAGAAAACAUACAGUCUGAACAAAACAGCAUUGGAUUUACUGACUUAGUCGCGCCUCACCUUGGUGAAACUGCUUACAAUUCUUGGAAGGAUGGGAGAAAUGAGAUGCUUUUCAUGCAAGCAAAUGGCGAAUCAAUGGAUGAUGAGGGUGUCCAUCUGGGCCUUCAGACACAGUUAAGUAUGCUGAAUGAAAAUAACUUGUCAUUACAGCAAGGAUUGUCGCUCAGUCUCGGCACGCAGAUUCCAGUUCAGACUUAUAAGUAUCAACCCACUGGAUCUGAUGUGCCCAUCUUGAGUUCUUCGCAUCAAUCGAGUUCAGAAAAUGGUGAGGCAUACAGAAAUGACAACUCCAGAAGCAGAAUUCUGAAUGUCAAUGCAAUUUCAUAUGGGCUUUCGAACUUCUUGACCAUUAUUCCGAAUUCAAAGUACCUUAAAACUGCUCAGCAGCUGCUUGAUGAAGUUGUUAAUGUUCAGAAGGCUCUGAAGAAGAAAGGUGAUUGUACUCAGAGUGGUAUUGCUUCCGGUAAACCUGCUUGCAGGGACAAUGAUGGAGAGUCAAAGAGCGGGGGGAGUCCGUCGAAUCAUCCCGGGUCUACUGCAAAUUCUUCUGGUGAGCUUUCGCCGUCAGAAAGGCAGGAGCUUCAGAAUAAAAUGACCAAGCUUUUGGCUAUGUUGGAUGAGGUUGACAGGAGAUACAAGCAAUACUACCAUCAAAUGCAGAUAGUUGUUUCAUCUUUUGAUGCAAUAUCAGGUCCUGAUGCAGCAAAACCUUACACAGCCCUCGCCCUUCAGACGAUCUCUCGCCACUUCCGCAGCCUGAGAGAUGCCAUCAGUGAUCAGCUUCGAUGCGUGCGGAAGAUGCUCGGCGAGCUAGAUAGCUCGACAAACAAAGGAUGCGGGAUUUCUCGCCUUCGGUACAUUGAUCAACAAUUAAGGCAGCAAAGGGCCAUUCAACAGCUCGGCAUGAUGCCACAACAUGCUUGGAGGCCUCAGAGAGGAUUGCCAGAGAACUCUGUUACUAUUCUUCGAGCUUGGCUCUUCGAGCAUUUUCUUCAUCCCUACCCAAAUGAUUCUGAAAAGUUGAUGCUAUCAAAACAAACAGGCUUAACAAGAAGUCAGGUUUCAAACUGGUUCAUCAAUGCACGGGUUCGUCUUUGGAAGCCAAUGGUGGAAGACAUGUACAAAGAAGAGUUCGGUGAGGCCGAGAUGGACUCCAAUUCUUCCUCUGACAAUGCCACCAAAUUCAGAGAUGAGUUUCAUGCCGCUGAUGCUCAGGACGACCAACCGAGCUCCACGGGUGACAGAUGCCAAAUAAAACAAUCAAGCAACGAACAUAGUCCUAAUAUCGUGCCAGAAAACAAUAUGGCUUGCACAGAUCCUGCUUUCCAUAUUGAGCUGCAAGACCAUAGACAUCAGAAUUCAGCCAACAUUAGCCUCCUCCACGACGCCAUCCGCCACGCCGAUGCUGAUGGAAACUCGAGGUUUAUCACGUAUCCGAUGACAGAGCUUGCGAGGUAUGCUAAUGGAGUUUCGCUCACUCUUGGAUUGCAGCAUUGUGAUGGCGACCUUCAAGAUGCUGAAGACCAGCAAGGCUUCCUUCCGGUGAGGGGCGAGGACAUAUACAACACAGCUCCUUUGCUCGGAUUCGGCUCUUCGAAUCUGCUGCAUGAUUAUGUGGCUUGAUUGAUGUUUGUUUUAUGAUUUGGUGCAGAUUAAAAGGCUCUGUCAUUUGAAAGCAGUUCUUCUGUUGUGUGUUGUGAUUGAAAUUGUUAGGAACAGAUAGAAGUUGAAAUUAGAGUUUGAUUAUAGUCUGAUUAUACCAGAAAUGGAAUGGUAUCUAUAUGAAGAAUAGCUUGUAAAAAAGAAAAAAAAGUGAGAGAUAGUUGAUGAAUAUUUUUGUGAAAUAU